AUGAAAAGUGAAUGUCAACUUAAGUCUAGACAAAAUCUUUAUGAAAACCAAGCUGAACCCAAUCUUAAGUUUUUGAAUACCGGUGUUUCGUCUUCAAUUCCUUGGUCAGAAUCCCCUCAAUAUCAUGUGAAAUAUACCGCUUACGACCUUAAAAAGAUUUCUGAUGAAUAUAAAUUGAAUACUGAUUUAAAAUCGGAAGCAAUUAACGGACCAACUUUUUUGGGUGAUCGGACUUCUACAAAGAACUUUACUAAAGAUUUAGUAGGUAAUAACAAAGUCCCUCAUAAAACAUCAGUUUGGCAAUCUCGUUUGACCGGGUUUGUAUCUCCUUUGACUGAAUCUCCUGUUCAACAUGAACGUUCCUAUUCUACCGUAGCUCGAAAUACUUCACAAGCGAAACAAGAAAAGCAGAUUUCUUCGUUAUUAACUUUAUCCGAUGAACAGAAAAGAGUUUUACAUUUUAUUGUUCACGAAGAGCGUAAUGUUUUUUUUACUGGUGCAGCUGGGACAGGGAAAUCUAUUUUACUAAAACGAAUAAUUAAUGAAUUGCGUAGGAAGAACAAGUCCGAAGGUGCAAUCGCAGUUACUGCCUCAACUGGUUUAGCUGCUUGUAAUAUUGGAGGGAUAACUUUGCAUUCCUUUUGUGGGAUCGGUUUGGGCCGAGAACCUGUUAAAAAUUUGCUAAAAAAAAUUCGAAUGAAUAGAGGGGCUUUAAAGAGAUGGAAAAAUGUUAAAAUUCUUAUUAUUGAUGAAAUUUCGAUGAUUGAUGGUGUUCUUUUUGAUAAAUUAGAGGAACUGGCACGUCUAAUUAAACGGAAUAGUCGUCCAUUUGGAGGAAUACAAGUCAUUGUAACUGGUGAUUUUUUCCAGCUUCCACCUGUUUUUAAAACAGAAAGGGACUAUCUUCAAAAGCAGGUAAUUGAUGAGAGCGAAAUCCAGGGUUGUUUAGCAUUUCACUCAAAAACCUGGAAUACCGUUGUUGAUACCACUGUUGAAUUGAAGAAAAUUUUUAGGCAACAAGAUGACCAUUUUUCUCAGAUGCUCAAUUCAAUUCGUGAAGGGCAUGUAACAAAUGAAAUUUCAUUAAAAUUUCGAGCCCUUUCACGUCCUCUUUUGGCACCACAUGAUAUCACCCCAACAGAAUUAUUUCCGUUGAGACGAGAUGUUGAUCGUUCAAACGGAGCAAUGAUGCGAAGACUUCCUGGAAAAACUAGAAUUUUUAAUGCAGUUGACACCUACAACAACGAGUAUGCUAGAGAGUAUCAAAUACUAAAUAAUUUAAUAUGUCCUGAAGUACUAUCUCUAAAGGUUGGGGCACAAGUUAUGCUGAUUAAAAAUAUUGACGAAACUUUGGUAAAUGGAAGUCUUGGAAAGCUUCUUGGAUUUAUGAAUGAGUUCACAUUCAAACUUGUUGAGAAGCUUCCAGAGGGACUUGCAAAUUCGGUUAUUACUGGGAAAAUGACUGCCCAAGAAGGUUUAGAAACUUAUUUGGAUGAAGUGAAAAGUAAUGAAUACACAGAUCCAAAUUUAGACCAAACAAAUAUCUUACAGGGGUUGUCUCAAUUAAUAGAUGACGACCCAUACGAUAUUCCCGUCAAUUAUGAAGAAAUUGAUAGAGAUAACAAUUAUGCGAUUAAUUGGACGAGAAAGAAGGAAUUAAUAGAAAAAUUGAAUGAUAAUACAGAAAAGAAAGGAAUGGAAUGGCCUUUUGUGAGAUUUAUUAUGUCUGAUGGAACAACUCGAGAUAUUUUAGUGCAAGCAGAAACUUGGGAUAUCGAAAAUAUUGAUGGAAAAGUUGAAGCAAGUAGGUCACAAGUACCUUUGAUGUUAGCUUGGGCUCUUUCAAUACAUAAAUCCCAGGGCCAAACACUAAACUGGGUUAAGGUUGAUCUUUCAAAAAUUUUUGAAUGUGGCCAGGCUUAUGUUGCACUUUCAAGGGCAGUUAAAAUGGAGGGACUUCAGGUAAUUGGUUUUCAUGAUUCAAAAGUCCGAGUCCAUCAAGAUGUAGUGAAGUUCUAUAAGGCCCUACCAUCACCUCUUGAAAUUUCACUUUUGGAAACUGCACAUGCAAAAAAAAAUAGAUCUAAGAAAAGAAAAUUAGAAGCUUGA